AUGGACUUGGUGAGGGUAUUUGUCGACUACUUCCUGCAGUUCACAUGCUCAUGGGAUCGGACACAACCUGCACAUAGAAUUGGCAAGGGAACUGCCUUUGCCAAACUGCAGAAAAAUCACACAUCACUGGUUUGCCUUUCUGCAUUUGAAGACCAAAUUAAAUUCCAAAAUUUCGCUAGUCAGUUCAUUCUGUCAAUGUAUUGCGUGACAGGAAAGAAAACGAGUGCAGCUAUGACAUUAGACGACCUCUGUUUUGUGUUGGCUUCUACAACAGAUAAACAGCAUCAGGUCUUCCACCAACAGGAGAUGCAUUCAAGCAACAUGUACAGAUGCGCCAGGUUUAACUUCAGAUUUGGCUUUCCAGUCAUAUUUGUGGGACCCAGUUGGAAAUGGAUGGAAAAUAGUCAAUGGGAAAUGAUGCCUGUAAUGAUCACCAAAGACCCCGCUCCAAUUGAAUUGAGUGAUGUUACACAUCUUUAUUGCAAGGACGCAAACUGUAAUGUUGCACAAAAGUGCCCCUGUCUGGCUGCAGGACUUACUUGCAUUCCAAUAUGUGCCUGCCAUGAUCAGGGUUAUUGUUCCAACAUCCAGGCAAUUGUGAAUGAUCCUGAUGAAGAUGAUUCAAGUGUUGAUGUCUUGUGAACCUUUACAUGAGUUACAGUGGUGUAUACAAUACAUUUAUAUGAUACAUUUUGUAAGGGCUGUACUUAUUAUGUUUCCUUCACAUACGGUUUGAUAAUAAGGGUUUUGUAUCCACCUAUGCUUGUACCUAGAGUUACCCCUAGAAACUCUUGAUUGACUACUGACCAGUAAAAUAGAGGUAACAAAUUAUGAUGGCUACUUCAACUGAUUCUGAAGCAAAUCCAUAAAGAAGUUAUUUAGUUCAUUUGUAAGGGUUACACUAAUUAUUAGUUCAUAUGAUUUGUGUCAAACUUUUAUAAAAAUUACUUUGAGAUACUUUCAUUUGAAUGUUAAAUGAAUAUUCCAAAAAUCUUGUUCUUUUUAUAUAAAUAAAUUAACAGAGUUAAUAAUAAGUUGUUUGGUAUAUUUGUAAGGGUUACACCAAUUAAUUAAUUUUAUUUAUUUAUUUCAAACUUUGUAAAAAGGGCUCUGAGAGCACUUCUUUCAUUUGAAUGCUAAUUGAGAAUUUCCAUUUCCAGGAUUUCAUUUUGUAUUUGUAUAAGAACAGUUUACGAUAUCAAAUGAAAUAUUUGGUUAAUUAGUAUAUUUGUAAG